UCAUUUUCAUGAUUGCAUCUGAUUUUUAGAAUUCAAAAUUUCAUAUUUGUGCUCUAAAAUUAUUAGAAUCAUCUAAAGCAUACAUUCUCUUAUGGUGAAUAAUGCAGAUGGGCAAAUUCAUCAAUUGCCUGAUUGAGGCGAGAAACGAGCUGAAGAACAAAUCCGAGGUCGUCAAACGGAAGUUCAUAAUAACCAAGGCCCUAUUAUUUAAGGCGGACAGGUCUUCAGCUAACCGCCUGCAUGAUCAGGUAUACAAGCUAGAAGUAGAACAUAAAAGACUAGAAGAUGAUGCUUUUGUAUAUAACUGGCUCGAACAACAACUUAAGCUCUCUCCAGCAUACGAGAAGAAUAUUAUCCGAAUCUUGCUUGGAACUCUGUGCUUGUCUAGUAUGACAGUCUUGAUGUGUUCUUUUUCGAAGAUGCUGGAACUCG